AUGGCGACAAUACCUCCGCCCGAGGGCUCAGUCGCGAGCACCAGUACGAGCGCGAGACGACCAAACGACGCAGCCGUUACUCCCACCGAUGCACCCUCCACAACUUCCGUGUCCUCCUCGGACCCCUCCUCAUCCUCCUCCAUCUUCAACCUCAAUACCCUCUUCGAAAACCCCCUCUUCGCCGGCGGAAUCGGCCUCGCAGGUCUCGGCGCCGUCGCCGCCACAGCCCGCAAGGGCGCCCUCGUCGCCGCCGGGGCUGCUCGCCGCCGCCUGCUCGUCAACCUCGAAAUCAGUCGGCAGGACCCGGCGUACCCGUGGAUCCUCGCCUGGCUCUCUCAGCUGGGCCCGCAGCCGGGGUUCAUCGCGUCGCGGCUGACGCGCAUCAACAACUUCUCGGUCACGACGACCGCCGCCCGGUCAUCAUCGUCGUCGUCGAGCGCCGCCGGUGCCGCGGGCGGGCGGCCGAGCUUCUUCGUGCAGCCGGGCUACGGCCGACACAUUGUGCGGUACCGGUGGGCGUAUAUCGGGGUGAACCGGGAGAAGCACAACACGGCCAACAUGAACACGGGCGAGCCGCACGAGAUUGUGCAGCUGACGACGCUGUGGGCGCACCGGCACAUUUUUGACGAGGUGCUGCAGGAGGCGAGGGGGCUCGCUGAGCGGGCGCACGAGGGCAAGACGGUCGUGAAGAAGCGGCCGCUGGGCUCGGUGGUGCUGGACGAGGGCGUCAAGGAGCGCAUCGUCGGGGACGUGCAGGAUUUCCUGGAUCGGCAACAGUGGUACGUGGACCGCGGGAUCCCCUACCGACGGGGCUACCUCCUCUACGGCCCGCCAGGCACGGGUAAAAGCUCCUUUAUCCAGGCGCUGGCGGGCGAGCUCAACUACAGCGUGGCCAUGAUCAACCUCAGCGAGAUGGGCAUGACGGACGACAAGCUCGCGUACCUCCUCACCAAGCUCCCGAAGCGCAGCAUCCUGCUCCUCGAGGACGCCGACGCGGCGUUUGUCAACCGGCGGCAGCGCGACGCCGACGGCUACAGCGGCGCGACCGUCACGUUUUCGGGGCUGCUCAACGCGCUCGACGGCGUGGCGGCGGGCGAGGAGCGCCUCGCGUUUCUCACUACGAACCACAUUGACAGGCUGGACCCCGCGCUCAAGCGGCCCGGCCGGGUGGACGUCGUGGAGCGCAUCGGCGAGGUGACGACGUACCAGGCUACGCAGAUGUGGGAUCGCUUCUACGGCGACGUGGACGCGGACGGCAAGGGCCGCGAGCUCUUCCUCGGCAAGCUCGGUGGGCUAGGUCUGCUGCGGGAGAGCAAUAGCACCAAGCUGCAGGAGAGUGGCGCCGGGGGCUUGUUCUUGAUGAACAAGGAGAACAUGAUGGGGGCUAUCGAGAUGGCGGAGGAGUACUUUACGGCCGAGGAGGGCCAUACGCAAAUCUAG